UAUAUUGUCCAAGUGCUCGGCUGGCUUCAGCAAUUUUAACAAUUAAAGCUGAGUGUGACACAAUCCAAUGAUCGAUGUUUUCGCAGUGACACAAGAUAAUCGUUAUAAGGAAAAGUGGUGAAUAUAGACGAUCAAAUGACAUUCACGACGGCAGUGCAUGGAUGUCAUGUCCUCUUUUUGAUUGGAUGAUUAUGCAAAAUGCCCGGAUACAACUAUACAUUUACCUAUGUCGUGAAGAAAUUAUAGAUGGCGGAUGGAUUUUGUGAGCCCGAUCUUUUAGUAUUUUAGCUACUUUCCUGAAGAGGAAAGUGGUAUCCAAUCUAUACCAUGGUUUGUAAAGAAUUCGAGGAAUUAUGUGGAAAAUUUGGGAGUCUAAGUCCUCAUAAAAGGAUAGAUAUCAUGUGCGGAAUGUUACGUAUGUGCCUGCCUCCUGAGUUGAGAUUCAUAGGCUCCGUGGUUGAAGAUCUAGCGAAAAAAGAUUAUCACUUUUUACGAGAACAUGAAAUCAGAGCAAACAGUCAGGAAAAACUGAGUGAAAUUAAGCAUAACGAUCCACAUGCACUCGCUAAUAACAUGGCUCUGAGCCUAGCCCUAUUGCAUUCAUGGAAUGCAAGUUGUGCAAACAUCAUCUUCGAAAUUUUAACCAGCAACUUGAAAAGUGCUUUCGAUGUAACUUGGGCUUCAGAUACAGCAACACGAGAUGUGAUUUUAUUGGUGCUUAUGAUGGCUAAAAACCAUCCAGCUUUUACAUUUUAUCAAAAGACUGUCAUCGGCGAACAUAAUGAAAGACAAAAUAUCUUGCUGACGUCCAACAUUGAGACUGAAGCCAGUGCAGCAACAAGUACUUCAACAACAAGUACAGUUGCCAUGGCAACCGGUCACAUGCUGCAGGGUCCUAUGAUACCCAGGGCCUGUAACUGCUCCACUACACCUCCUGUCAACUCCAGUCCCCCAAUCCCAGCACCUUCACCUCACAAACACAAAGUCCACAUCUGUAACAUAGACGUGAAACAAGACAAAGGGCACCGACGCCAUGACAGAAAACAUGAAUAUCGGUUACAGGUCACCUGGAGUAAUGGUGAGACUAGUACAGUAAGCAAGACCUAUCAGGAGCUGCGCGAAUUCCAGGCCAAGUUGGUGAAGGAGUUCUCUGCCGAAGCUAGUGCUCAUAAACUAGAGAAAAAGCUGCCAUUUCUCGGUAAUGCAAGCUCAGGUACCCGAGAAGACAUUAUUAGCUACACGAAACAACUUACACAGCAGUCACAGUCUAUACUGGAGUGUGACCUUGUGAAGCAGUUUUUCCAGCAGGGGUGUAAUACUGCCUCCACGUCCCCUCCUAGUCCAGCAGGAUCCGCUUGUCCACCUGCCGAGUGCCCUGUCAAGGCUGUGCCCAAUCCCAUCAGCAGGAAUGUCUCCGAAGCCACAGAAUCUGUGAUAUCCAACCACCAUCCAGCCCAGCCUCUGGUAAUACACAACUCACACCUGCCACAGACCAUGGACAAUGUCGAUGUGACGGGUAUGAGCUGUGUACCUCUCAAAGGACAAGUCAGCAACAAGCCUGUGAUGUCAAUCCAAAGACCCAUGGGACUUGCCUCACCACACCCGUCUCCACAGUCCUCCAACGGGGCCUCACCUAGCAACAGUCGGUCCAACUCACCUGGCGACACAAAUCACAAUCCAGAAUUGGCCCUGAUUCAGUUCCUUCUCAGCAAGCUUAACCUUCAGAAACAUAGAAACUAUUUGGAGAAGUACACAUCAGAACAGCUAUGUGUCAUGAAAAUAGAGGAUUUGAUCCAGAUUGGACUAUCUAAGGAAGAGGCCUUAAAACUCAAAGCUGAGGCAGAGUUGAUCUACAGGGAGAAGAUGUCGCACCCGCCCAAUGGCUUGAUUGAAGGCCCUCUUGGACCCCGCUGCCAUCCUUCGCCCCCAAUGGUUAUGCCUUUUCCUCACCAAUUGCCCGUCCAUCCCCAAGGAGGGGCACUGGCCCAGCCCCCCCUCUACCCACACAUGUUCAUUUACUCAGCAUUCCCGCCCGGUCCCCCGGGUCUCACCCAGACGCGUGACAGCUCUCCAACUGGCUCCGACUACUCCAGCCCCUCCCCAAGUCCUCGGCCACAGAAAAAGGGCACAGCCAUCCUCAUGCCAAACAGUGUGCCAAGGAACUCGGACAGCUCCUCAGAUGAUAAUGAGAAAGACAAACUUGCAGGAAUGGAAACUGGACGACACCCUAGCCAGCACCAAGUUCCCUCACCAAUGGGCCUGGAGGACCCCAAUUCUGUCCCGCUCCUUCCUGGAGUGCCCAACCCGAUGUUUGUGCAUGGGGAGGGUCCUCCUGUACCACCAAUGGGAAGUGGGUAUCAGUCAGAUCCCACUCCAUCAGCGUUCCUGCCACGUGUUCCGUCAAUGAUAAAUCGACCUAACUACAAGGCCCAGCCUGCUCACACUAACCAUAAUAUUCCAACCAAACAUGUUAUCAGCAUGCCGCCUGAGGCUCUCAAGCGUAACGGUCCAUUUGCAGGCAUACCUAUUGGAAUGGCUCCCCACAUACCUCGCAGUGAUGGUCAAACUAUCACCACAAGUGUCAUGACUGCUGCCAACAGUUCCGCUAAUUCAGGGUUCAAUUUCAUGGAUCCAAAUAAACACAAUUUUAACUGGAUGCCAGUACCUCAAGUUCCGGGAUACCAGAUCAGGUCACCACUAAUCAAUGGUAACCAGCGCGGCUUCACUUGUAACGUUACAAAUGCCACAUCCAUUACCAUGGCAACACAGCCUGUGAGCUGCGCAGCCAUCCAUCCUGGUCAUCCGGCAAACAGCUUAAAGAAUUCCAAUAGCCAUGGUCAGCUGUCAGUUGAGGCUGGUUGUGGCCCGCAGGAAAACAUUCACUCUGUGGCACCCAUGGUGCAGAACUCGAGUCCCAGUCCAGCAGCCACCACCGGCUGCACCGGGUCACACAUCAUGCAUGCCGCCACCAGCCAGGCCAGCACCACCUGUUCAAGUGCCACUUGCAGCUCGUGUGGGAGUCCAUGUGGUCAUGCCUACCCGGCCACCUAUCCUUAUCACACUAACUCCCUUCCUCACCCACUCACCCAUGCUCCCUUCUGGCAUAUGUCCCCGCACUUCUCCACCUCAAACGGACUUGUACCACAGAUGUUACGGUACCCAGGUAUCCCCUACCAUAUACCACAGCCAAAUAACUUUCCCAAUGGCCUCACACCAGACAUUCUGUCUCUCAAUAACCACCCGUUUAUAUCUCACGGGGUUCCGACACCUUUUAUGGCUCAGAGGGGUUCUUCAGGAUAUUACCCUUACCACACCCUGGUGCGCCAGCCCAGCCGCGAGGAGAAGUCACGCAAAGCCUCCUGUAGCAACUGUGGGUCACCAGAUCACAAUUCAGCGGAGUGUCGUGAGAACUCUAUGGAACACUAUGUGGGUCACUUUAGGUUGAACUACGAGCCAAAAUCAAAUUCGGACUGAGAAACAUUCAUCUAGGGGAGACAAUCCACAGAAGGCGAGACAAAUUUGGCAGCAGUCAGUAGAAAAGAAGGACAAACUUUUUGAUGUUUAGCAGGAGGAAGAGACAAACUUAGUCAUGUUCGAUGGGAAGGAGAGACAAAUUUGGCCAUGUUCAUGCGGAGGGAAAGACAAACUCAUUCACGUCCAAUAGGAUGGAGAGAAAACUAAGCUGUGUUCAGUUGGAUGGAAAGACAAAUUCAGCCGUGUUCACUAGGAGGGAGGAGCAAACUUAGUCAUGUUCAAUAGGAUGGAGAGAAAAUGUUGACAUAUCAACUCUUAUCCUACUUUAUACAAUGAUUGAUGUUAACAUUGUGUGGCUACUGGUGUGGCCAAUACUUGUAUUUUUAAGUUUUGCUAUCACAGAAGGGGGUGCUUUAUGAUAUAGGGUAGGCUGCCACUGUUUUAGAUGUGGCUGCAGGUGGAGGGUGUGGCUUCUAAUGUGAAGGGUAUGGUCUGAUAACACAGGUGUGGUUUGAGUGAUGAAGCUAAGGCUACAAGUAUAUAUUGAUAUUUACAAGAUGUUAAAGAUUGAUUUUGAGUUGACAUACCUGGUAUGAGACAACAAUCACCAGUUUUCAACAACAAUCUGCACAAUAUAUAUGUUGUUUACUGGUUAACAAGAGAAAGUUGGAAAAGAUCAACUUUAUCAUUAAAUCAUGUGGAAUAUAUUUUAACCGGUACUUUGUUUUACAAAAUUUCUGAAGAGUUGAUUACCAGUUGCAAAUCAUGAAUAAUUUACCAGAUAGUAUUGGUUAUUGGUUUAACCAGGAAAAAAAAAGAUUGUUUACCUUAAGAAGAUUUACCAUGAAUCCUGUUUGACCUGUUUGAGUUGAAAAGUGUGAAAGGUCAGUGUGAGUGCUUCAUAUUGGAAAGUCCUGUUUUAUCAGGUCUAGGUUUUACCUGUAAGAGUUGAACAGUAUGUAAGUCUAUAGCACAAAUGCUUCGUGAUGGAAAGUCUUUUAUCAAGUGUGUCUACUCAAAGGAUGCCAAUUUUAUUUUGUUUAUUAUUCAAAAUCCUGCAAAGUAGUUUUCUUCCUGUUGUGUUAUUGAUAUGACACUGUUUUAUUUGUAAAUAUGCACAAAGAAAGCCUUGACUUUAGGAGCUUUGGUUCCGACUUUUUAAAAUCCAACCUCGUGUAUGGUAACACCGUAGGUAAAUGAAAAGUUUUGUAGACAGAAAUAGAUAUUGGAUUACCUGUAAUCAUUCAACAAUGCAGCUCUUCAGCAAUUACUUACUGACAAUGGAAUCUUGAAGCACAGACUGUAGUUUUCAAUUAAGAAGAAAAUCAAAAAUCAUAUGCAUUGGUUGAUGUGUUCGUUACAUCACAGAACCAAAUGUACUUUGUCCAAUGUUUAUUUGUACUGUUGUCAGAUACAGUAUUUGAAAAAUGUUUGAUGUAUAUAUUUGUUAAUCUGGAUUUUAAGAGGCUCAACCUAACUGAGGAAUUGAAGUGUAUUUAAACAUUAUCAUUGUGAAGUUUUUAAAGAAAAUUAUACCCAGCUCCCAUUUUACAGCAUUCUACCAUGACAGUGGAGCUGAACACUAGCAUGACUUUGAAGUAUGAUACCAUCACUUUUACAUGAAUUAUUUCAAGGUUUUUGUGGGAAUGAUGACCUGUCAAAGUUGACUUCCAGAGAUAGGGACAUAGCUAGAAAUGUUUGGUAAUAUUCAAUCAAUUCCAUUUUAAUAGGUUAAUGUGAACUAAAUGUUGAAUAUAUUAUUUUCGACAUAUAUUCUGUGAAGACAGACAUUGUACUAUUUAUAGAUGUAUUGCUUGCAUUAUUGAUUCCAGGUGUGAAACUUGUGACAUUUGAUGUAAAUGGCAAUCCAGACAUAUUAAAUUGAAACCUAAUCACCUCAAACAUUGUCCCUACUGACCUUAAUGACCUCUGUCCUACUGACCUUAAUGACCUCUGUCCUUCUGACCUUAAUGACCUCUGUCCUACUGACCUUAAUGACCUUUGUGACCUCUGACUUGUUAUGACACUUUGAAACGAGAUUAUCUUGUGAAGAAUUUCCUUUUGUUUUUCUGAAAGUUUAGUUUCAAUUGAUUUUAAUUGUUGUGUUGUGGGCCGUUACGCAUAUUAUAAUAAUACAAAUCAUACCUGCUCAUUGUUAAAGCUCCACAGUUGUAUUGAUUAGGUCUAGUCGGUGUGAACGAUCUACUGAUUUGAAUUUGAAAGGUUUCUGGAACAUGUGUUUGGAUGCAUAUCAAGAAUAAUUUCAGCAUUUGGGGAUGUAUCAAUCUCUAUGUAAAUGUAUCAGUGAACCCGUAUAGAUUGCAGUAGAAGGUUUGAAUGAUAUCAAUAUGUAGCCCUACAGACUGCCUAACAAUACCUGUAUAGCCAUAAAGACCGCAAUAGGACGUUUGAUACCUGCAAAUCUAGUGUAUGUUAAAAAGAUGAAAAUAUGAAAGGAAGAAAUUGGCUUUUGUGAAAAAGUCUAGUCAAACUUGUGUUUAUUUUCAAAGGUCGGUGUGUUCCUAUAAUGAAAGCUUAUUAGAUUGAUUGCAAUUUUAGUGAUGAAGAACCGUGUAUAAACUGUUAGUUGUUAGCCUGUAGACUAGUCAGACUGGAGUUACUGCUACUGUGCUACCCAAAUGUAUUCUAAUGAUGACACAAAGAGUUGUGACUUUAAAUCAUCAUCCACCUCAUGUACUAGUCUAGAAUCAUUAUACAUUAAGUUUAUACUGUACAAUGACGUUGCUGUUUUCAAAGACAAACAAAUCUGUGCAAAAGCUUAAAGUAGACAUCUGCCAGUGUCGUAGAUUUUUUCAAGAGCAUGGACCAUGGUGUUUGUUGUUACAUGAGGACGAUUUUCACGGUAUAUUAUUUAUGCUUGUUUAUUAUUUGUAUGAGGUUAAAAUAUCGGUAAACAUGCUAUUUCUAUCUUAACCCUUUCACCACUGUAGACCAUAAUGGACUCAUACAUAGUGGUGAAAGGGUUAAAUGGGCUCAAUUAGAACACAAAAUCUCAUUUCUGUAAUACUUCAUCCAAAAGAUCGUGAUUUGCUGUACCACUUCUGGUUACACAUUCUGGUUGAGGAGAUGAAACCUCUUGAGAUGCUCAGAGCAUUUUAAUUACAAUGUAUUAAUUCAAACACAAACAUCGAGUUUUAAAUUGUGAUUUAUGUGUUGAUGUAUUUGAUACUAAUCGUUAGUUGUGUUACAUUUGCCUAACAAGUCUUUUAUUAGGUGCUGUGAAGUUAAUCUUUUUUAUGUUUAAUUUGUUGGUGCAUCUUCAGCCCAGCAUAUUUCCAACAUAUUGUUUGACUUAGGUAAAUGUUUUUGAAGUUGAUUCCAGUAAAUAGUGACAUAAAUUAGAUAAGUUUUGACGACAUAGCCGGUUAAAAUAAUUUUCUGAAACAGUAAGCAAAAGACUGGAAAAUUGUUUUGGUGCACCUUGCAUGAAGGACAUGUGAGCCAUACAAGGGCAUAGUGUCAAUCCUUCAUCUGUAAGAUUCCCUUGAAACAAUUGCAUAUAUUGAACCAAGAUCAUGAUAUUUAGCCUGUAGUUUAUCGUGGUAGGUGCUAUUCAAUUGGUUACCUGGACUCAUUUAAAUGACACUAGGUUCAUGAUUAAAACUUCUAACAACUACUGUUAUAUUUGGUCUGUGAUAAGGGGUAUCGAGAUACAUUCAAAAAGUUUAAAAACUUUAAACCAGUUCUGCAGGACUAUAAUGUCCAGAACUUGCUAGGAUUAAAGGCAAUGAAGUUCAUUAAAACAAAUGACUUUUAAAUUCAAAAGGGUCUAAUGUUAAAAAUAAAUAUACAACUGCAAAACUGUUUUACAGUUAGAUGAAUUUGGCCAAAUAAAUUACAUUGGCCUAUAUAAAGUCACAGGUCAUACGUGUUGAAAACUUCUAGUAAAAUAUCUACUGCCAGAACCAUAAGUCAUGAGGUUUGUUCUGUAGUAUGUUGUGGUAAAGGGCUAUCAAACUUGAUUUUAUGAAUUUAUUAAACCCAUUUCAAAGUCCAGGUCAACUAGGAGCCCUAGAGUUGACUGUUGUGAUGUUUGGCUGAACCUUGUAAAGUGAAAGGCUAUACAAUUCUUUGAAAUAAAUCAAUUUGAUCCAUGUACAAGUUCACAAAUGUCAAAUUUAUAAAGAAGAAAUCUUUUUUAAUCUGGUUCUACAGAGGUUUGAGUAUUAUUGACAGGUUGUCAGUACUGGGCAUCUUUUUAAAAUAAAGACACAAAAACAUGUAGACACCGCUAUAGGAACAUUAGUCUGUCACCAUGGGAAUGUUUGUCAAUACAUGUAGUUAUCACCAUAGUAACUUUAGUACACAAAGAUGUCACCAUAGUAACGCUAGUACAUGUCGAUGUUACCAUAGAAACGCUAGUACACAAAGAUGUCACCAUAGUAACGCUAGUACAUGUCCAUGUUACCAUGGUAACGCUAGUUCAUGUCCAUGUUACCAUAGUAACGCUAUUACACAAAGAUGGCACCUUAGUAACGCUAGUACAUGUCCAUGUCCAUGUUACCAUCGGAAUGCUAUCACACGACUCUAAAGUAAUAUUUGAUGGUACAUGUAAAUGUCGCACUCAGAACUUUUGUCAGUACAUGUAGGUGUCACCGUAGUAACGGUGGUAAGUAAAUAUAGGUGUUGCCAUAGUAGCGUUGGUUAGUAAAUGUAGGUGUUACUAUAGUCACGCUGGUUAGAAUACAAACCUAUGUUAUAUCUCGUGUUUAAUCCAUUCGUUGCCAACAACACAAUUUUGUAUUUUUGUAGAGCAUUAUGUGCGGUUGUUUUAGAUUUUGUUACCAAUAUUUAUUUUAUCCUACUCUGGUGCUUACGUUGUGAUAUCAUGCCAUUUCAUUGUUGUGCUAAGUGUCCGAUUAAUAAUUCAAUCUAUCUCCAAUCAUAACCACACAUUUAUAAAACAAAACAUACAGGGAAAUUUAAAUUUCCUUUCAAGUUUUUUCCAGAUUUCAAAGCAUGUUUUACUCAUCAAUAUUUUAUUCAUUUUGUUUGAUAUAAUUAUGAUUGAAACAACAACAUUGCAACAUUUUCCCCUCUAUAAUAAUUUAACAAUAGUUGUCACAACUUUUUUAAUUUAGAGUGGAUUGUACGGGGCAAUAUAAUUUCAAGAAUAUUUAUAACUUUCAUUUUAUUCAUAAACAUCAGUUAAUGUUAAUGCUAGGAGAUUAUAGUAGUGUGUUAUAAGCCAAUGUUUUAACACAUAAAUCAGUUGUAUUUGAUCAGUGGUGGAGAAAACAAUUUGAUCUUUUUAUCAGAAGCUUGCUGCAGUUAAGAUCAUUUAACUAUCACAAAAGCUAGUGUCAUCUUAUCUUCCUGAAGUGUUUGUGUUCGACUUAGCGUAGCAAGUCUGCAGUACAUUUCAGACCCAUUUCUAUGAAUAGUUUUGAUUCAAGACAAUCCUUGCUAAAAGAUCUUUCAACCAGAUUUAUAUAAAAGUAAAAAAAAACACCCAACAUAUACAUGUAUAUAGUUGACACAUACAUGCAUGAACACAACAGUUUUGACUGUAGAUAAGAUAUUUUGCAUCUCUUUCACUUACAGUUCUACAAGGAUUUAUGCAACUCCUAACAGGAAGAGACGUUAAUUUGAAGUCAAGAUAGUUUUAAUACACUUCAACAAGCUUCAAGCUAAUAAUACACUUCAACAAGCUUCAAGCUAAUAAUACACUUCAACAAGCUUCAAGCUAAUAAUACACUUCAACAAGCUUCAAGCUAAUAAUACACUUCAACAAGCUUCAAGCUAAUAAUACACUUCAACAAGCUUCAAGCUAAUAAUACACUUCAACAAGCUUCAAGCUAAUAAUACACUUCAACAAGCUUCAAGCUAAUAAUACACUUCAACAAGCUUCAAGCUAAUAAUACACUUCAAUACACUUCAACAAAGGCGUCUUUAGAAUCUUGUCCAGACCAGACAUAUAGGCACUAAAACUAUAACAGCUAAUGGGUUUUGACUUUUGUAUGUGAUAUCAUUCUCCAAAGUUUAAUCAUAAACAUGAAUAAGGUUGUUACUACUGUUAUCUAGGUUUAGGUGAAGAUGCUGAAACUUUUUUAAGGUUACUGGUAAUUAACUGUGUAAAACUUUAAACAGUGAUAUUUUUCUUGAUUUUUGUGAAAUCAACACUAUAUGAUAUACCUGACAAUAAAUCUGUAAGGUCAUGCAUAAUAAUCAAAAUAUGUUUUCCUUGCCAAACACAAGUUUACAGACUGACGAGGUUAUCGGAUAAAAGCAACAUUUCAUGUAUGUGUAAUCAAAUGUUGCUUUAAACCAUCAACAUUUUAAAUUUUCAUAUAAAAAAUAUGGACACAUUUUGUGGUAUUAUUUUCAUCACACAAUGAAUGAGGAAAUUUUAGAAUUUGUUUAAGACUCGAGCAAAGAUUUACUGUGUGCUGAUACACACAGUUUAUAUAUAAUACUACAUUGAGUAUACCAGUUACUAUAAUUGUAGAUAUUUUCCAGUGUUACAGAAUCAUUGUUACAUGUGGACGUGUUUUAUUUCCCAAAGCAAAGAAGUGUUACUAGUGCCAGUGGUGGAUCCAGAGGGUUUUUUUGGGGGGGGGGGGGUCAAGAACCCUAACCCUCCACCCUGAGAAUUUUCUUUAAAAAUCGUGUAUUUUCACUUGGCUUGUUGAAGCAGUGCUGUUGUAAUACAGUGGACACGUAUUACAACAAUACAUACAGAUUGUGUUACCAUUUAUUGUGUUAAAAUAACAUUGUGUAGAUUUAUUUUGUUGUAGCUUAUUCGCUGCAAUGGUGGUUGUUUCCAUAGCAACAAUAUUGAGAUGCGACCCCCAUUUUAAUUUUCAAUUGUUUUAUUUGCCAGAGAGAGUGAAGUUUGAUAUAUAACAAUGUGCCAGUGUUAACAUUUGUUGGUGUAAUUGUGACCUAGGAGGUUGAGUAGUGUGACUGGGGAAUUUAAGGUUUGAAUUAUUCUCUGAUAAAGAAUCUUGUUCAUGAAGAUAUCUCAACUGAAAAUGCGAAAAUGUCUUUUCUUUCAAUCAUCCCACUUGAAAGCCUUAAAACUUUGUGACAACAUAUUAUAACAAGUCCAAGACCUACAUGUAUUUUUUCCCCACCAACUUCACAAGCAUGUUUUAUUUUUCAUCAGGUUUAUUUUUAAUGAAUCAAAUAUUGUAUAGAUGACAGAAUGUUUAGCGUUGUUUCCCAUAGUGAUUCCUUCUCCUUUGUCAUAUUUUAAGACAUGCCAUAUGAUACAAUAGUGCUUUGUACAUACUAACUUUUAAUCUACACAUGAUUUUGGAGUCAUAAGAUGGAGUUCCCUGUAGCUACAAAUUCCCUAACUUUCCUGAAUUGUGUCAUUGCAGCAGUUAACAUUUUCUUUUGCCUAAAAUUGGUCUCUGUGUACCAGAUACACGUGAUUUCUAGCUUUCAUACUAUUCUUGUUAUAAACAUUAAAAAUAACUUCAUAUGUGGAAUUUUCCUCAUUUGACUAUCAUAUAAAGUAAUAUUCUUGAUGUUGAAAAUGAAAAUGAUUCCACAAAUUUCCACAUCUAUAGAAAAUCCACUUUUAAAGUGCCUUUCAUAGUAAAAGAGGAGUUGAGAAAAACAAACAUAUUCAAAAUAAUGAACUUAUCUCUUUAAAAUCACGUAUAAGACCACUUGGGGGUUAAACAAAGUUCUGUUCCCAACUUAAGGGUUAAAUAAAAUCCAGAAAUUGAAAUCAGCCUUUUGAUAAAAGAACCAUGAAAUGGUCUAGGGGUUUAAAAUAUUGAUAUUAUUUUUGGAGUUGUACAGUAUCUUGGGUAGUUCUGCAUUUUGUAGAUAAUUUCAACAUUGAUUUUCCUGGAUGCAUUUGUAUCUAUUUUAUGAAAGUAAUAUCAAACAUGCACACAGAUUGAGAUAUACAGUAGUAAGAUAUUUGAAAUUUUCACCUUCAUCCCACACAAAAAAAAGAUAAUACACAAACUUGCAUGUAGUAACAGAGGAGUACCGUGGGAAUCAGAAACAGAUUUCUUAAGAAAUACAGUUACAUAGUAAAAUUGUAAUUCUUAAAAGGUAUAUUUUU